AUGGAUCGAGGAAGAACGAUAACACUUGUAUUAGCUGCCCUUCUGGGAGUAUUUCUUAUAUUAACCAUUGUAUUUGCUGCUUUAUAUGGAGUUGAAAGGAAUAAAACAUCGUCAUCGGCACCUACAUCGUCAUCGACUACUAAUACCCCAAUCAAUAAUGAUUUAUGUGUAACACCAUAUUGUAUUAAAGCAGCAAAUUAUUUACUUGAAAGUAUUGAUAAAACUGCUGAUCCAUGUGAAAAUUUCUUUGAAUUUACUUGUGGAACAUGGUUAAAAAAUCAUCGAAUACCUGAAGAUGCGGGAUCUCAAGAUACAAUUAAUGUUCUACGAAUUCAAUUAGAUAAUGAUAUUGUUGAUAUGUUAACUAAUCCACUUCCAAAUGAUACAGCCCAUAUUCAAUCUUUAAUUAAUGCUCGUCAUUUUUAUGAUUCAUGUAUUAAUGAAACAGCUAUAGAAUUAGAGGCUAUAAAUGAAAUACUUUCUUUUAUCAAUAAUGAACUUGGUGGUUGGCCAAUUUUACAAGGUUCAUCAUGGAAUCCUUCAUCAUUUAAUCUUUCACGUUUAUUACUUAAAUUACGUGAAUAUAGUCAUAAUAUAUUAUAUGGCUGUAGUACAUCACCUGAUGAUAGAAAUUCUUCUGUUUAUUUUAUUCGAGUUUAUCAAAGUGAUAUUGCUCUUGAACAACGAACAAAUUAUGAUAAUGAAAAAAUUACUACUGCUUAUCAAAAUUUUAUUCGUGAUUUAGCUGUAGCUUUAAGAAAUGAUACAACAGGAGUUAACGCAGAUGUUGCAGAUAUUUAUAAUUUUGAAAAAAAUAUUUCAAAGUUUCAUUGGACACCUGCUGAACAACGUGCUAGACUUAAUGAAACAGUUCGUACAACUAUUGGUAAUCUUUCACGAACAUUUAAUACAAGUUUUGAUUUUACAAAUUAUCUUCGACAAGUUUAUGCUCUAUCGAAUGUUAGUUUAAAAGAUGAUGAUAUUGUAUCAAUUAGUGAAUUAGAUUUUUUACGUAAUGUAUCAUUAAUUAUGGAUCAAUCUUCACCACGUUUAAAACAAAAUUAUAUUAUAUGGCGUUUUAUAAUGAAUAGAGUAGCAAAUAUGCCUAAACGUUAUCGUUCUAUAAGAGAUCCAUUUGAUGAAGCUUUUCGAGGUACUAGUGCUCAACGUCCACGUUCAAUAGUAUGUGGAAACUUUAUUAAUGCUAAUAUGGGUUUUGCUAUUUCGAAAAUUUAUAUUAAACAAUAUUUUGAUGAAAAUGCUAGAAGUCAGUCAUUAGAAAUGAUAAAUAAUAUUCGAAAUACAUUUCUUGAAAUGCUACAAACGUCGACUUGGAUGGAUGAUAUUUCAAAAAAUAGAUCAAUAGAAAAAGCAUUAGCAAUCGAUGAAAAAAUUGGUUAUCCAGAUUAUUUAGGUAGUACUAACACAUCAACACUCGAUAAAAUGUAUCAAGAUUAUAUUUUCAAUGCAUCAUAUAUACAAAAUAUUUUAAAAUUAUUACAAAUAAAAUCCAAUGAAAAUCUUCGAAUACUUCGUGAUCCUAUUGAUCGUAAAGAAUGGGCUUCUAGUCCACCAACUACAGUCAAUGCUUUUUAUAGUUCAUCAAGAAAUCAAAUCACUUUUCCAGCUGGUAUUCUUCAAAUGCCAUUUUUUAAUAAAGAUGCACCGAAAUAUUUAAAUUAUGGUGCCAUUGGAACGGUCAUCGGACAUGAAAUUACUCAUGGUUUUGAUGAUAGUGGUCGUCAAUUUGAUAAAGAUGGAAAUCGUGUAUCUUGGUGGACUCCUGGAACUAUCGAACGAUUUAUUGAGCGUAAAACAUGUAUAGUAAAUCAAUAUAGUAAUUAUGUUGUAGCUCAAAUCAAUCGGACAGUAAAUGGAAAUCAAACUCAAGGUGAAAAUAUUGCUGAUAAUGGUGGAAUAAAAGAAUCAUUUUAUGCAUAUAAAAAAUUAUUAUUAACAAAAAAUGAUCAAAAUUUACCUGGUUUACAAGAGUAUUCGAAUGAACAACUUUUUUUUAUAUGGAAUGCUCGAUUUCGUUGCUUUUGGCAAUAUAAUGAUUAUCUAGCCUAUGCCUAUCAAAAAUGGGCUGCAACACCUGGAAAUAUUGAGAGAAGAUUACCUGGUCUAACUGAAUAUUCAGCGGAACAAUUGUUUUUUAUUAAUUAUGGACAAGUUUGGUGUUCAAAAAUGACUGAUGCGAAUGCAUUGAAUAGAAUUUUAACAGGUGUUCAUUCACCGGGAGAAUUCAGAGUACGUGGUCCAACAUCGAAUUUUGAUGAAUUUGAUCGAGUAUUUAAUUGUAAACCUGGACAAGGUAACAGUCAAUUAAAUAAAUGUAGUGUUUGGUGA